UACAAUGUCAUUUAACGUUCGUAUGAAUGUUAUAGGUUAAAAAAUUAUGAAAGUGUUGCUCGUGUCAGGUGAUUUAUAACAGUUAGGCUGUUCUUUAAUGCACAAAGAAAAUAUAGGCUACUAAAAUGUACAGUUAAUAAUAGGCACCACGCAGUAGUGUUGAAAAAAAUGUAAUUCUAAAUCGCAUGGACUCGGUACUAACUACAACAUCACGAGGAAGUAUCAGACGACUGUCAACAUGCUAUCUGAGCUGCUGUCAGUCACAAGUGAAUCUUUUUCCCGGCACAAUGAAUGUAAGGAGAGUGGAAAAGACAGUUUUGAGUGUGGAACAGUCAGAGGGAGUCGGUGCUCGUGUCCGCAGGAGCAUCGGUAGAAAAGAGCUGAGGAACCUGGAUCCUUUCCUGAUGUUGGAUGAGUUCAGCGUGAGCAAGCCGGCAGGUUUUCCAGAUCAUCCUCACAGAGGAUUUGAGACGGUAACAUAUGUUUUGGAGGGGAUCACGGCCCACGAAGACUUCUGUGGCCAUUCAGGACGACUGAAAGCUGGAGAUCUUCAAUGGAUGACUGCAGGACAGGGGGUGGUCCAUGCUGAGAUGCCUGUGUCAGAGGAGCCGGUGGUGGGCUUACAGCUGUGGGUGAACCUGGCGAGACGAGACAAGAUGACGGAACCGGCGUACCAGGAGCUUAAAGGCUCAGAGAUCCCGAAACCCAGCCAGGGAGGAGUUACAGUCGCUGUGAUAUCUGGAGAAGCUUUAGGAGCAAAGUCCAAGGUCUACACAAGGACACCAACCUUGUACCUGGACUUCAGACUACAGACAGAUGCCCUGCAUGUACAGCCCGUCCCCUCAGGAUGGACUACAUUCAUCUACACGCUAUCAGGAUCCAUUCAUGUUGGCCCAGAUAAGGGGCAGCAGAAGGUGGAGCCCCAUCACAUCGUGGUGUUUGAAGAUGGUGACUGCGUCAAAGUUGAAAACAAGGGCCCUGAAGUUUCCCAUUUUGUGCUGAUCGCUGGAGAACCAAUCAAAGAGCCUGUGGUACAACAAGGUCCGUUUGUAAUGACUACAGAGGAAGAGAUCAGACAGGCUAUCAGAGACUACCAGACUGGCAGAAAUGGCUUUGAAAGAGCCGUAAACUGGAGGUCCAAGAUUAGAGACGCUUUCUGAACUCUACACGUUGCACUCUUGUCCAUGCAGCCUUACUUGUUUUUGUUGCUAUAAAAACAUAUUUAUAGAGAUAUUUGUUUUGAGGGCUUGAUAAUAUGGGUGUAUUCAGUAAAUGUUCUGUCUGUGUUUACAGGACAUUUAGUACUUUCCAUCAUCUACUUUAACAUGUCCUUCAUGUUCAGUGCUUCAUUGUUUGCACAUUAGAAGUUUAGCCCCUCUCCCUUGUAAAUUAUAUAUUUUAGGGAAAAUGUGCUUCUAACUGCUCCCCACCCCCUUGUUAAAUGUAACCUUUGUUACAUUUCCCCUCUGCUGUUUGAAAUAACACAGUACCUGUUGCACACAUUGUUGUUCUGAAGAUAAUUCAACAUAUUAUUAAGUAUGGGCAGAAAGUUUACUACUUUAUUGUUUGAUGACACACAUGUACCACACAUAACCUAAUAUAACCUGCUGCAAAAACUAACAUA